AUGGCGCAAUUCGAUGACUUGUUCAAAGCUCUCCCCGAGGCAGAGAUCUUCCUCCCGGGCUACUUCGGCUACGAGGACAGAACCAAAAGAUGGAGUGCCUCAUGCAAAAGGCCAGCCGCAGUAAUUGUUUGUCCGAGAAAUGCGUACGAAGUGAGCGUAGCCCUGCGCUACGCCACUAACCACAAGAUCCUGCCCCUGGCAGUCUGCGGCGGUGGACAUGGUACAAGUGGCGACAAUUGCUCCGAGGGAGGUAUGGUGAUUGAUUUGCGUCAGAUCAGGUCCACGGUAGUUGAUACCGAGUCACAAACAAUCACAUUUGGAGGUGGAUGUACGUGGGAGGACGUGAAUGGUGCUUUGUGGGAUCACGGGCUGGCAACGGUUAGUGGAACAGUUGGCGAUACAGGGGUUGGGGGAUUGAUACUGUGUGGUGGCUAUGGAUUCUUGACAGGUAGUUGUGGGUUGGCUUUGGAUUGUCUCAUUGCCUGUGAAGUUGUGUUGGCGAAUGGAGACAUUGUCAAAGCCAGCAAAGAGGAAAACGCAGAUCUAUUCUGGGCUCUGCGUGGUGCCGGACCUAACUUCGGUAUUGUAACUCAUUUCACCUCGCAGGCCUUUCCUCAAGGGGAGAGUUGGGCGGGCUUCUUGGGAUUUGACCCGGAAGUGUUACCGGCGAUAAUCGAGUUUGGCAAUCAUUUCAGUGAGUAUAUGUCGAAGAAACAGCCUGGAAUGAAGAUGAUAGCUAACAGUCACCUAGUUGAGAAUGAUGAUGGCAAAUCCAUGAUGAACGUGAUAGUUGGCAAUUUCAUACCCCCCAACAAGGCCAGUGGUGUAUUGGCUGUCGUUUUUUACAACGGAUCUGAGGAGGAUGGAAAGCAGAGAUUCAGACCACUUCUUGAUCUCAAUCCCCUUGGUGACACUACAAGCAUGCUGUCAUAUCCAGAUCUCAACAUGAUGUUCAAUAAGUAUCCUCGAGGUCCGAACGACAGACAUAUGUUUGGUGGCGCAAACUUCACACAUCCACUAGACAAAGUCGCCGCGAAGGAGAUUUGCGACCAAUUCUGGGAUGCCACCAAUGCGCCGGAGAAUGAGAAUCUUCGCGGCAGCACCAUGGCGUUCGAAUUCUUUCCUACCAAUAAGAUACGUGAGAUCCCACUGCCUGACACGGCGUUCGGAAACAGAGGCCAGUUCGCGUCGAUUUGCAUCUCAAUGAAUUGGACAGAGACAUCCAAGGACGUUGAUGCACGAUUGCUUUCGAAGAAAUUCACCCAGACUUGCGCCGAUAGCACUGGUUGGAAGGGAGACCAGUACCGCGAUGCAUCAAGUACUUAUGCAAACUAUUUCAGUGAGCCCAUAGUCCGGAGACGUGUGAGACCAUAG